AUGGCCUACGACUGCUACUGCGCCAUCUGCGGUGUCGGCUUUUGUGGAAUGCUCAUCGAAACUCCCUCAGAAACAGCAACGGAGCGUCGAAGGCGGUGGAUUGAAAAGAGAUCUCAGGCCCUCCAAGCGGGUCAGUCUAUCGACCAGGUUCCCCAGGAGGGUGAAGAGCCCGUUCGCAGUUACGAUCCCAAGAUUGUUAGCUGGGAAAACGUAGCAUGGCUCUAUAAGGCAUACUGUCUCGGAUUCAACCCUCAAGCCGCCUCGGGAAAGGGAAAGACAUUUGUAUCCGGACCGGGUUAUUAUGCAGACGUUGGAGAGAUUGCUAUCAAGUCGGGAACUGACGCUGUACCGGGUCAAGACCGGAACGUUUAUACCUGCUAUGGCUCCGGGACUGACGACACCCCCGGACCAGUCAUCCCCUUCCACGGAUGCUGCUUUGAGAUCCUGACCCGCGUCCUCACCGGCUCCACCGAUAGUUCAGCAAUCGACAUGAAAGUACUGUACAAUGUUAUGACGGAGUUGAGCAACGAAUCCUCCUCCGCUUUGCGACUGAACUAUGGCGACGACAUUCGGCGGGCGCAAGGCCGGUACUGGGAGUGCAUCCCUGGCGCAGAGUACUGCGCGACUCAUCCAACCGAGACAUCCGGUUUAGACGACUUUCUUAAAAAGGAUAUGACCACGGACAGCAAAUUCAAACAGUCAUUCGCACAUUUCGAUCUCAAGGGCCGCUCGCCUGCCAGCCCCUUCGGCAAGCUCCCACUCGAACUCGUGUAUCAGAUCUGCUCAUACCUGCCUGGGGAUUCGCUCAAGGCAUUGACUCAGGCGUCACUGAGCAUUCAGAUUGUCACUCAGGACAACUGGUUCUGGAAACGAUUUAUCCAGUGGGAUAUGCCAUGGUUCUGGGAAUUUUACACCUCGCAGAACCCCAAGGAUUUGCCGGCCGAUGUCAACUAUAAGCGCUUGUACAUGUGGCUCGACAAGAUGACCGCUGCUCGCUACGGCAUGGACGACCUGGCACUGAUUGGAGUUGCGAACCGUCGACGCAUCUGGGGCGUAUGUGAAGAACUGGCCAGUCAGUACCACAAGGCUGUGGCAGUAGCGUGA